GUGCCAUGGAUCACACAAGCCCAGGCAGCCUCCAUAGCUGAGAGACUGCCCUGAAAAUGGAGGUCCUCUACCCUGGCUACAUCUCCAGAGGCGAAUCUGUCUGGGUGGAAUCUAUCAAACCUUGAGCGUCCGCUUGUAAACAACCGGUUGCCAUCAGAAUGCGAAUGGAGGCUUAACGAAGGAUGCUCUCUACAAGGCGAACUGGGAACUGACACAAAUGAAGUAUGUAGCACCAUUCACAGCAUCUGAAACAGAGACUUGGCCAGUAUGGAAGAGCAGACUACCACUGUGAUUCAGAUUUAUGUAAAUGGCACUGAGCAGUUUAAUGCUUCAUAUGACUUCAACCUAACCGAUGUGAAAGAAAGCAUAGACACCUAUGAGUUUUACAUCAUUGGCCUGUUUCUCUCCUGCCUGUACACCAUAUUCCUGUUUCCCAUUGGCUUCAUUGGGAACAUCCUCAUUUUGGUGGUCAACCUCAACCACAGGGACAAGAUGACCAUCCCUGAUCUAUACUUCGUCAACCUGGCUGUGGCGGACCUUAUUCUAGUGGCGGACUCACUCAUCGAGGUCUUCAAUCUCAACGAGAAGUACUACGACUAUGCCGUCCUCUGUACCUUCAUGUCGCUGUUCCUCCAGGUGAACAUGUACAGCAGCAUCUUCUUUCUAACAUGGAUGAGUUUCGACCGAUACAUUGCUCUGGCUAGCUCUAUGAGCAGCAGUCCACUGCGAACCAUGCAGCACGCCAAACUCAGCUGCAGCCUCAUCUGGAUGGCCUCCAUCCUGGCGACUCUGCUUCCUUUCACCAUCGUGCAGACCCAACACACCGGCGAGGUGCACUUCUGCUUCGCCAAUGUCUUUGAGAUCCAGUGGCUCGAGGUGACGAUCGGAUUUCUGGUGCCCUUCUCCAUCAUCGGCCUGUGCUACUCCCUGAUCGUCCGCAUCCUCAUGCGUGCCCAGAAGCACAGAGGACUGUGGCCGCGCCGGCAGAAGGCCCUGCGCAUGAUCGUGGUGGUGGUGCUGGUGUUCUUUAUUUGCUGGCUGCCCGAGAAUGUGUUCAUUAGCAUCCAGCUGCUCCAAGGCACGGCCGACCCAUCGAAACGCAGCGACACCACGUUGUGGCACGACUACCCCUUGACCGGACACAUUGUCAACCUGGCUGCGUUCUCCAACAGCUGCCUAAACCCGAUCAUUUACAGCUUCCUCGGGGAGACUUUCAGAGACAAGCUGCGGCUCUUCAUCAAGCGGAAAGCCAGCUGGUCCGUGGUCUACCGCUUCUGUAAUCACACCCUGGAUUUGCACAUCCCUGUCAGGAGCGAGUCCGAAGUGUAGCAUAGGUGUGGCAAUCUGCAGUUCCUGAAAUUGUCUCGCUUCCAGAACUUGAUAAUGAAUUGACAGAGAGAGAGAGAUCCUUGGGUUAGCUUGAUGCCGUGAACACUGCCUAAUUCUUAUUGUUGGCUGAGCGAAACAAGGAUUAUUCAGGGUGAAUCACCUGCUGAUGAAGCGGAUUAUAAAACACGGAUGCAGAGCUUGGCCUAAGGCUGCCUUUUACAGAUAUUCAAAUAAUAGGAUAGCAUGUCUCAAUGAAGACUUGUAUAGGAUGAUAUUCUCUGAGUCCAUUUUAAGGGAACAAAUAAAGUCAUGGAAGCACCUGCGAUCCAUUUCCAAUCUGAGUCAUUGCUAUA